GACAUUAACAAAAAAUGGCUGCGCCCAUUACAACAUGACAAAUAGCAAUCAUUCAUAAUCACAUUCAUGACAGUAUUAACAAAGCUAUUUUGAUACCUAUACAUUUUCUAUAGAACAUGGAUGCAAAUACUGAAAAUACCGAUUAUAAAUCAAAUGAAGUCCAAUUACUGUCAGAGAAUUCUGGUUGUCCGAUUUCUGAAAAUGACACUGAAAAGAAAAUAUCAAAGAACCAACUGAAAAAACAACUCAAACGGGAAAAGUGGCUUGCCAUAAAGCAAGAAAAGAGGUGGCUGAUUAUUAUUAUUAAAGUUACUGAUACUGCUAGUAGUAGUAGUGCUAGUUACCAUUAUUUACAAUAUAUGGGUUGAUUUCCUAUUUUCACCUCUUAUAGCCAGGGCCUAAUUUUAAUUUUAGCCAUGUUUUGUUAAAGUUAAAGGCUGAAAGUGAAAGAGUGUCAUUCAUAAUUCACAAUGUAGGCCUAAUAAAUAUUUAAAUACUAAUUUAGUAGAAGGAAGAAGAUAGCCUGUCAUUCUGGUGUGGUCUUACUUCGUUUAAUACACAAUAAAACAAUUACAAAUGCAUCAAUUGACUUUUUAAAACUACUUGGGAUUAGAGUGUAGCUGCAUGGGCAUGGGGAAUAAGAUGCUGAUAUUAGAAUUAGAGUAUACAUUUAAAAUAUAUUUCAACAUUUCCAUAGUUUAAUUUUGAAAAAUUGUUCUCAUAUAAAAUCUUUUGUAGGCGUGAAGCAAAACAGAAAAGAAAAUUAAGAUUUGCUAUGAUGAGGGAGAAAGGAGAAGACACUGGACCAACUAGGAAACGUCUGAAAUUAAAUACCAUGAGAGGAUCAUCUUGCAAAAUAAGGGUUGUUAUUGAUCUGUCAAUGGAUGACCGUAUGACAGAGAAAGUAAGAUAAUAUAUAAAAUAUUGUAAUGUAAAAUUAUUUGUGAAAAUAAUGCACCUUUCAGGAUCCCACCAUAUUAUGCCAUAAAAUAAUAAUUACCAAUGUAUGGUGCCUAACUCUACUGAUGUCCACAAGGGGAAUUUAGUAGUAGACUCACUUUGACAUCACAUCAUAUAUAGUUUGACUUCUGAUAAAUUAAUCUUUACUGCCUAUGGUGUAUUAAAAGAAUACUAAACUACCACACAAUUUUGAUUGGGUUAAAUUUAAGUAAAGGAAUAUUUGUAUCCCUUGUACUUUUAAAUCUAUUUGGUGUUUUUGGAUUUCAACCUAAAAAUUAAUUUUAAAAAUACCUGCAAUUUUAAUUAAAUUGUAAAAGCAUAAUAUUGUGCGAAAAAAUAUCUAAAAUAUAAUAUGAUAGUUAGUUAACUCAUGAAAAUGCAGUCUGCCAUGUUUAAAUAUUGUAAUAGAUUUUCUCCAAAUAUUUAAAUAAGAUGUCUAUUAAAUAUUCACACUAGUUGCUUUUACCCAUAUAAAUAUAAUUAAAAAAUAAUAAUUCUAUUACAAAUUACAAUAUUCUGCAAUCUAGAAUAUAAUACAGAUAAAUCCCUAGGAGUUACCAUAAAUGAGCUAAAUGAAAUAAGAUGGGCAUAAAGGUAAGGACAACAAUAGGCAAAUUCUCAUAUUUCAGUCUACAAAAGUACUUGGAAGCAGAAAUGUCUAAACCAUAUACUUUUAUUAUCUGACCAGUAACUUUGCAUUCAAGUGUGAAAUAGACUCUGAAUAAAGAAGCCUAAAACCUCCUGAAUAAAUGAGAGAGGGAAAUCCUUAGAAAAGGGAUGAGCCUGCUGAAGUUAAAGAUGGAUAAAGAAUUCAAACAAAUCAAGAAAUGUAGCAUAUAUCUGAAUACCCAACUAUAGUCGCGGCAAUAAAAAUAAAAAGGGCUGGCUAUGCUGGACAGGACGUCUUUAGAGGCUGCAUAAUUAUAGAGGACAAAAAGUGGUUGACAGACAGAACUCGAGGGUUCAGAGGGCUCACUGGUAGACCAAGACUGAAAUGGUUUAAUGAUGUAGAGAUGGACUUAUUCAAGUGGGGAUUUGUACUUGGAGACAAAAAGUCACGUCUUAGUCUGAAUGGAAAGAUGUGUUGAAGUAGGCCAGAGCCUUACCAUGGGCUGUAGCACCACUGGUGAUGAUGGUAAUUUCUUAUCCUCCAAAAGAUCAUUAUUUAAAUUUUGGUUUUAAAGUUUUAUUCUGCUACAUAGAAUUUGUUUUUCAAAUGCUAAUUUUGUUCUAUUGUAGGAUGUGAAUUCUUUAACUUGUCAGUUACAGCACAGCUAUUCUGCAAACCGCAGAGCUAAGAAUCCAAUGCAAGUAAAUAAAAAUUGUUGUACCAAAGUAUUGUUUAUUAAGAUGCUGGAAACCUGAACAGGUUAACAUUUACUGAAUAGCAGUGAUUAGCAGUAAUAUUUAAUUUCUUACUUUUGCCAUUUUUUAAAUUUAAAAAAGGACUACACUCUAAAUUGUAUCUAUAUGGCAUCCUUCCAUCUUCGCGAGACUAAUGGAGUAGCUAUUGACUCUUCAUCAAAUGGCUUAUGAUGCCAAUCCUGGAAUGGCUGUCUCAUCUGCACUUCUCACAGAAGGACCUUGACUUCUGAUUAAAUUUGACUUUCCAAAUUAUGAAAUCCUAUAGUUAAAAAGUAUUUAAGAGUUCUGCAAAACUGUGAUAAGGUUAUUCUUCAUUUUCUUCCUCAUUUUUUUCCUUAGUUGUAUCUUUGUGGACUUGAUGGCAAAACUAAAGAACGGUUAGAUUUGAUUGGAGACUACAAAAACUGGGAUGUAAGUUACCUUGCAAAUGAAAACUUUAUAGGAAGUCUAGUUUUUAGUGGUUAACAGUAUACUUUAUAUAAACAUAAUUUAAAAUGACUUUUUAUAUUCUCAGAAAUAUAUUAAUUAAUGCUAUUUUCAAUUACUAUAAAUGUGAUUAAAAAGAGAAAUGUGUCAAUAAACAUUUUCAGUUGUAUAAAGAGAGUCGUCAUUAUGAAGAAGUAUUCCCCAAGGAAAACCUUGUAUAUUUGACCAGCGAGUCACCUAAUGUUCUUACUUCACUUUCUGAAGACAAGGUUUACAUAAUUGGAGGCCUGGUGGAUCACAACAAGCUCAAGGUUUUAUAGCUACGCCAUAAUUCCUCACUCAUACUUUUAAUAGUGUCCAGAAUAAAUUGUUUACUUUGAUUAAUGCUUAUACUUUAGGAAGAAGAAAAAAGUAGACAUAGAAUACCGAUAUCUUAAUAACUCACAAGUAAAUGUGUCCACAUUGCUAAUAUAGAUUAACUUUUAUUUUUUAAGUAUCUUUUUCCAAACAGCAUCUUAACAAGAAAUAAAUUAAAUGAAACUCAUUAUUUCUUACUGUUGAAAUAGUAAAAAAGUUAAGCGUUCAUGAUAUUCAAGUCACAAUUUUGUUCUUCAACCAGUUCCUUAUUUUCAGGGAUUUUGUCAUAACCUUGCUGAAGAAAAGGGUUUGGCCCACGCUCAGCUUCCAAUAUCUGAGUAUCUGAACAUGAAGACUCGCAAAGUUUUGGCAGUUAACCAUGGUAACUAUUGUUCAGUUUUUUUUUUUACAAAACAGCAGUUUGCAGACCAGUAAUUUAAAAAACAACUUUUAAUGGAAUGCUACUUCAAUUGGUUCCUACAUCCACAUGUAGCAUUAUAAGCUUGUGAUGAUUCUUUGAUGUUGUUAUAGUCCACCUAUGUAGACAUCACCAAGACUUAAAAGAUCCAGUGGCCCUUUGGGCAUGUGCCCUGCAGCCAUGGUGAAUAAUUUAAACACUCUCCGCAGCAGCUCUUUUUUGGUAUAUAGGGUGUUGGUGUAGGCCGUUGUUUUAGAUAGUUGUUAUGAUAUAAGGGGCACAUUGGUGUUUGAUCUGGUUUUAUGCUGUUACGAUGGGAAUUAUGUUAUAUGUAUCCUGAGCGCAUGCAAAAUAUUACAACCUGUUUGUGUCUUUGAAGGCAGUUUAUUGGAUCUUUAAGCUCUUGGCUGGGCAUGUGUAUGAAAUCUUCCUGUUACGCCCAAGGCCCUUCCAUUUAACCACUUUUUUUUUUUCUGAUAGCAUUGAUUUUCUGCUUUAUAGUGUUGAGUGAUGUAGGUAUAUUUGGCUGUGUAAAGAAAAAGGAUUUAUAAUCUGAUAAUAGCUUGUCUAUAUAUUGUACAAUUCUUCUUUUAGUGUUCUCCAUCUUGCUGAGGUACACAGAGUGUCAUGAUUGGAAGGCAGCUUUCCUAGCUGAGUUGCCAGCAAGAAAGCAAGCCCUAAUCAAGGAUGAAGAUGAGUGCAGCCAUGAACAGCUGGACAAAACUGGUCUCAAUCUUUUACAAGACAAUUUGUCAUCAUCAGAGGAGCAGAGCUUGCCUAGUCAAGAUGUAGGUUUACCAAAUAUUGAUGUCUUAGACAGUAGUGACCAGACCCCAGUUGGUAGCUGUAGUAAUCUGACUGAACCAAGCACUGGACAAGUUGUAACAAGUUCUGAAUCUCUGUUAAAUAAUAAUACUAGCCGAGUGGAUCCAUCAAGUCAUGAAACUGAAGAAGAGAGUUCUUAAAAUAAUAUAUUUUUGGGUUAGGAUUUUGAAAAUAAAAAUAAUUUUAAAAUUCUCUAUUUAAUUGUGCUGAAAAUUUUGUAUCUCUCAGAAGGUCGUGUGAUUGAUAUGAUGUCGAGCAACUCCAACGUUGUCUGCGCUAUGCCGUUAGUCUUAAGGUGGUUUUUUUUGUGCAAUGAAGCUAAUGAUAAGCUCUUAUUUGCUGUUUAAAACUAACUUGUGAAUUUUUAUUAAAAUAGCCAAACUAUUUAACCGUGCUUGUUAAAAAAAAAUCUGACUAGUUUUUGUCUAAGGUUACCGGUACACACAAAUGACUGAUUGAAAAAUUGACUUGGUGAUGAUGCAUCACUUCACAGUAUAAAUUCACAGACUGAUCUCCUUUGGUACCCAAAACAAAUCCCUGAAAAUAAAAGGUCAAUGAUUGCUUAUUUGCUUAUGAAUAUCAUUGGUUUCUAAUGCAAAUAAUAAUAACUAAAAACAUUUUACGAUGAAUUUCUUUUGCUAACCAGACUUUUUUGAGUCUUGCUACUAUACCAUGUUUAGGAAGAUAGCGUGAUUUGUAUCAUUGUUCAAGAAAUUCUGUAGUUUUUAGGGACAACGUAAGAUGUAUCAUUGUUGAAGUAAUUCUGUAGUUUUAAGCACAACGUGAAACAAGUUUUAUCAUUAAAAUGAAAAUAAUUUUAUUCCUUUUAAAAUUGUGGAAAUAUGAAAAUUGUUUUCAUUAUCACAGUUCGAAUAAUUACAUUUACAUUUUAAAAAAUGCAAACAAUAUCAGGAACAGAAAGUGUUAGUCCCAUUCAUCACCAACAACAAACAAUGAAGCUCAAAAGUCACCAUCACAAAUAUAUAUACCAUAUAUAUAUAUAUAAAAAUAUAUAUAUAAACACGUACAUGCAAGUUAAAGUAUUUUUUAUGCUUAUAUAACAUUAUGUUACAUAUAUAUAUAUACAAUAUGAUAUUUGUAAGUGGAUUACAGCCAUGCAAAGCAUAGAGUAGGAAAGGA